AUGAGUGAAUCAACUCCACAGAUCGAGCUGAAGCCCAAGGCGUUUGUAUUUGGCUCGCAAGACUUGUCUUUCAACGCCGUGUCUUUCAAAAAUCUUCACAGUCAACUUCAUAGUCAGCAAUGGGCUGUCGAUAUUCUUGCUAGCCUUCCAGAUCUCUGGGACAAGCUCUCAAACAGUGGGCUGCGAGUUCAACAAUCCGAUAGCAGACACCUACUCGAUAACCUGAACUCAUGGAUAGCGAGUGGGAAAGCUCCAGAGGCAGCAUUUCCUUUGCCAAAUAUACUGCUUUCGCCCCUUGUUGUCAUAUGCCAAUUGAUUGACUAUCUCGAUUUCAUUCAGUCAGGCAUACCGGGGCUAAGAGAUGAGGAUGACUUUUCCAAAACAUUCCCUGAAGAUAUGGAGACCCUCGGUCUUUGCAUUGGUACUUUGAGUGCCUUUGCAGUGGCUUGCUCCUCGAACAUGGCCGACAUUCAAGCUAACGGAGGCGUCGCUAUAAGACUGGCUAUGUUAAUUGGUGCUAUUGUUGAUGCUGAGGAGGACUCUCGCGAGCCAGAAAGGAAGUCAAUGAGCUUUUCGGCUUCAUCGGGUGGUUCUGAAUCUGGCGAAUCAUUUACUUUCGCCCUUGACUCAUUCACUGACGCUUAUAUUUCGGUCAUUGUUGAUCAAAAGCGGGUCACGUUUACGACAUCAAGAGAAACGGGCCCAACUUUCGUCGAGCAGAUGAAGAAAGAUGGGGCACAUGUCACAUCCAUUGCACUUUCGGGACGAUUUCACUGGAAGAAUCAUGAAAAGCCCGUCGCCUCUUUGAUGAGUCUUUGUGAUCGUUAUCCAGACCUGCAGUUUCCCGAAAUUCCCAAUAUGAUACUGGCAAGCCGAUCCAGCGGCGACGGGAAAUACGUCACCUCUGGAAAGCUUCACGAGAUCGCUUUGCUGGCCAUUCUGUUGGAGCAAUCUCAGUGGUACGAGACUUGCCGCCUUGCCUACUAUUCAAAGUUCAUCCCAGAAAAUGCAGCAGUGGUAUGUUUCGGAUCCGAGCGUUGCAUGCCGCCGACUAUUUCUCGAAAACUCGGUUCACGCCUAAUAUACGCACACGAAAUCAACAUCGCGUCGUCCCAGAUUCCUGGUAGCCUUCUCGGCAGAACACAAACUGUGGAAUUGGCGGACCUUCCCGAUGAGCGUAUUGCUGUCAUUGGAAUGGCAUGUCAGUUACCAGGAGCAGGGGAUCAUGAGGCAUUUCGAGAGAUCCUGAAACGCGGCCAAUCGCAGCACAGAGAGGUGCCUGAUGAUCGUUUCGGCAUGGAGACUGCAUGGCGAGAUAUAGGAAAACACAAAUGGUACGGGAACUUCAUCGACAAUCACGAUACUUUUGACCACAAAUUUUUCAAGAAGAGCCCUCGGGAAAUUUCGUCCACAGACCCGCAACACCGUCUAAUGCUGCAAGUGGCGUACCAAGCUGUCGAACAAUCUGGCUAUUUUGGAAAUGACGCCACAAACCAACCUAUCGGAUGCUUCAUGGGGGUUGGGAAUGUCGACUACGAGGAGAACAUUGUGUGUUAUCCUGCAAAUGCCUACUCAGCAACCGGCAACCUCAAGAGCUUCCUUGCUGGCAAAAUCAGCCAUCAUUUCGGAUGGACUGGUCCCAGUUUGACACUUGAUACAGCCUGCUCAUCCUCCAGUGUUGCUAUUCACCAGGCAUGUCGUUCAAUAAUCAAUGGUGAAUGCAGUGGGGCACUUGCCGGGGGUGUCAACAUUAUAACGAGCCCGAAUUGGUAUCACAACCUGGAUGGGGCGUCUUUCCUCAGUCCAACUGGACAAUGCAAGCCAUUUGACUCAAAUGCAGAUGGAUAUUGCCGAGGUGAAGGCGUUGGCGCUGUGUUUUUGAAACGACUUCCCUCCGCUAUCGCAGAUGGUGACCAGGUACUUGGUGUCAUCGCUAGUACAAAGGUUUACCAGAAUCAAAACUGCACCGCGAUCACUGUUCCAAAUGCGACAUCGCUCUCACAGCUAUUUACGGAUGUUGUGCGUCAAGCCAGACUAGAGCCUAAACAAAUCUCUCUUGUCGAGGCCCACGGAACAGGAACACCUGUUGGAGACCCGGCCGAAUAUGAUGGCAUUCGAUCUAUCUUUGGUGGUUCUAUACGGUCCGAUAUAUUAUCAUUAGGAUCAGCGAAGGGCUUCAUUGGCCACACAGAGUGUGCUUCAGGAGUGGCAUCUUUGGUGAAGACUUUGAUCAUGAUCAAUGAAGGAUUUAUCCCACCACAGGCUAGCUUUUCGAACAUCAACCCCGCUCUGAAUACGAAGGCUGAAGACAGAAUCGAGGUAUCUACUCAGCUCAGGAACUGGGAGACACCGUUCAAGGCUGCUCUCAUCAACAACUAUGGGGCUUCUGGAUCGAAUGCUUCCAUGAUUGUCACGCAGGCCCCAAAGGCAGCUGAUGAUCCAUCUACCAUAUUACCCGAGGGCGGCUACCCAUUCUGGAUCACUGCAUUUGAUCAGCAAAGCCUUCUAAAUUAUGCGAAGCGAUUGCGCAGGUAUGUUCAAGGGGUCCAGGAAAAAGAAAGUAACCUAAGCCUUGCAAAUCUUUCAUUCCAAGUCUCCAGACAGUCAAAUCGACGCCUCCCCCACGCGCUGAUAUUCAAUGUCAGUACAAAGGAGGAGCUGCACAAGGUUCUAGAGUCCUUUGAGAGUGGCAGCCAGAGCAUCCACCAUGUUCAGGUCCAAGACCCCAAGCCCGUUAUCCUGUGCUUUGGUGGACAGAUUUCCACAUAUGUUGGUUUGGACCAAGAGGUCUAUAAGGGCAAUGCGAUCCUCAGAGAAUAUCUUGAUCAAUGUGAUGCUACAAUACUGUCCCUUGGCCUGGAAAGCAUCUUUCCAGCUAUCUUCCAACGAACGCCAAUUUCGGAUAUUGUUCAACUUCAAACUGUUUUGUUCGCGAUGCAGUACGCCUGUGCAAAGGCGUGGCUUAGUAGCGGGCUGAGGGUUGCCUCUGUUGUUGGACAUAGCUUUGGAGAACUUACAGCUCUAUGCAUUUCCAACGCAGUAUCAUUGAAAGAUGCCGUAAGAAUGAUUUCGGGCCGAUCACGCCUGAUCCAGGACCGCUGGGGUAGUGAGAAGGGUUCCAUGAUCGCCAUUGAGGCGGAUCUUCCUGAUGUUGAAGCUUUGUUGGCCAAGGUGAACUCACAGGAAGGGUCCGAAGCCCACCUUUCGAUCGCCUGCUACAACUCAUCGAGAAGCUUCACAUUGGCUGGCUCGGUCAAACAAGUCGACUAUGCGGAGAACCUUCUCAGAAGUGACUCAAAUUUCUCAGGGGGGAGAGCUAAAAGAUUGAACGUGACCAAUGCUUUUCAUUCAGCUCUAGUCGACGCAUUAGUUGAUGAUUUGGAAAAUUUGGGACAUACCAUUGAGUUCAAAGAGCCAACGAUCAAACUCGAGAGAGCAACCGAGUAUGAGUCCACCAAUCCGCUAAAUGCGACCUAUUUGUCGGAACAUAUGAGAAAGCCAGUCUUCUUUGCACAUGCAGUCAGGAGACUUUCAGAAAGAUUCCCUGCUGCAGUUUGGUUAGAGGCCGGGUCCAACUCGACUAUCACAACCAUGGCAAGUCGAGCUUUAGGAACAUCGAAUUCCCACUUCCAGCCAGUCAAUAUUACUAGCGAUAGCUCAUUCCGAUUCCUUUCUGAUGCGACUAUCAACCUCUGGAAGAAUGGUCAAAAUGUGACCUUCUGGGCCCAUCACCGCAUACAAACACCCGCUUACACUCCGGUCCUGCUGCCUCCGUACCAGUUCGAGAAAUCAAAACACUGGAUGGAUCUGAGAGUGCCUCCAAAGCUUGAGGACUCCGGACAUCGAGAGGAGCAGCUAGUGGCUAUAGAGGCACCAAAGGGGUUGACAACUUUUGUUGGAUACCAAGAUGCAUCCCGGCGCUCAGUACGAUUCGGUGUCAAUGUCACAUCAGACAAGUAUAUUCGCCUGCUUUCUGGCCACAUCAUGGCAAAUGAAGCAGCUGUCUGUCCUGGAAUGUUCCAGGUCGAGAUAGUACUUGAUGCAUUGACGAGUCUUCGACCAGACUUCCAGAACCAUAGCUUUAUCCCAGAGUUAUAUGGCCUCAGACAUUACCACCCUCUUGUGAAGGAUGAAUCCCGAGCUGUUUGGAUAGAAGCAGACUCUUCAGACGCGGAGGGACUGAUCUGGAGUUGGAAGUUAACCGCGACCGAUGCUAAAGGCACCGGCUCUGUCACCCACACUUCAGGAACGAUCAUCUUUCAGCCGGCAGACGGCGUGCAGGUUAAGACUGAGCUUGAGAGACUGACACGACUGAUCGGUCGAAAGCGUUGUCUGCAACUUCUGGACAGCAAUCUUGCUGAUGAUGUUCUGCAAGGCCGCAACAUCUACCGCGCCUUUUCCGAGGUAAUUGAUUAUAAAGAGGUCUAUCGUCAUGUCACCAAGAUCGCCGGGAGAGACAAUGAGUCGGCGGGUAGGGUCGUCAAGCCGUAUGCAAAUGAAGGUUGCCUGGAUACAGUUUUAACUGACUGUUUCUGCCAAGUGGCAGGCAUAUUCGUGAAUCUCAUGACCACUCAGGCUGAUCUGUCAGAAAGAGGAAUUUUCAUCUGCGAUGGUAUCGAUCGGUGGUUGCGAGCACCUGAAGCGAUUUCAAACGACAACCCUUCGGAUGUUUACGAAAUAUUUGCUUUGCACCAUCCUGAAUCUGAAUCAAAGUAUCUCAGUGAUGUCUUUGCAUUUAAUGCUCGUGAUGGGUCACUCGUCGAAGUGGCUCUCGGUAUCAGCUACCAGAAAGUCCCCAUCUCCGGUAUUCGCAAGGUCUUGUCAAAGAACAUGCCAGCUGGGCUUCAGCCUCAGGUGCUGCCAUCCUCUGUUUCAAAGGUCAAUGUUCCGCCGGCAAACUUCCUUCCAGUUGCACCUCCGCCGUUACUCAAUGGCUCGGCUGCCAAGGUGACCGCCACAUCCACACCGAAGAAGUUGCCAAAGACACCCAGUGUAGAUAUAACCGGUAUUAUGCGGGACAUCAUCUGCAAUCUUUCUGGUCUUGAGCCAGAAGAAAUCAAGGAUGAUUCUGAUUUGGUUGAGAUCGGUAUCGAUUCUUUGAUGAGCAUGGAACUGGGCCGAGAAAUCGAUUUGGCUUUCAAGACCACCAUCGACGUUAAUCAGCUUAUUGACGUGACCGACUUCCGCAGUUUGGUUGAGACUUUGGGAAGGAUCAUGGGCCUUGAUGACACAGAUGGUGACUCUGGAUUCGUCGAAGAUGAUAGAAAUGACGAGGCUGUCACAAAUGGAAACGGACAUCAUUCUAUCGCACCUAAUGGGAAUGGUAGUUCGUCUCCUGGUCCUCAGGGUCUCUCACUUCCAGAGUCCACGGUCCUUGAAUGUUUCCGUAUUGCAAAGGAGGCUACGGAUGACUUUAUGGUGAAUGGUCAGCUUGGAACAUACUAUACCGAAGUCAUGCCAAGAUCAACCAAGCUCUGUGUUGCUCACAUUGUCAAUGCUUUUGAACGGCUUGGGUGUCCGAUCCGCAACGCAGUUGCUGGCCAGAAACUUGAGCGUGUUCCCUACUUACCAAAGCAUGAGCGCUUCAUGAAUUUGAUCCAUGGUCUUCUCGAAGAAGAUGGUUUGAUUGAAAUAAGUGGAUCCGACAUCGUGCGAACAUCUAUGCCUGUCGCAACGAAAUCGGUAAAUGACAUGCUGGAGGAAUUAUUGCGUGACGAGCCCGUCCAUGCGGCCGAGCAUAAACUCACGGGGAUGAUCGGUCCAAAAUUUGCAGAUUGCCUCAUCGGGAAAGAAGAUGGGCUCCAAAUGAUCUUUGGAUCCCCAGAAGGAAGAGAAAUUGUCACUGAUGUAUAUGCGAAGUCUCCCAUCAAUUCAGUGUGGAUCCAGCAGGCGGAAUUCUUCCUCGAGCAUCUUAUCCAAAGGUUGCCGAUGACGGGCGAACCACUGCGCAUUUUGGAAAUGGGAGCUGGUACCGGCGGAACAACCGUCAAGAUGAUUUCUCUCUUGGAGCGCCUAGGUGUCCCAGUCGAAUACACCAUGACGGAUCUUUCCUCAUCACUCGUUGCUGCCGCUCGCAAACGAUUCAAGAAGCACCCUUUCAUGAAAUUCAAAGUUGUGAACAUCGAGUCGCCGCCAGAUGCAGAUCUAUUGCACAGUCAGCACAUCAUUCUAGCCACCAAUUGUGUCCAUGCGACUCGCAAUCUGGAAAUAUCAACAAGAAAUAUCCAUGAUAUCUUACGCCCUGAUGGAUUUCUGCUCUUGCUCGAGAUGACAGAACAAGUCCCUUGGGUUGACUUUAUUUUCGGCUUGCUAGAAGGAUGGUGGCUCUUCGAAGACGGUCGCCAACACGCGCUUCAACCUCCAGCUCACUGGAGGAAAAUCCUCACAUCAGUUGGAUACGGCGCGGUUGAUUGGACGGAUGGUGCUAGACCAGAAACAAAUCUUCAGCGACUGAUCAUUGCUCUUGCGUCCGGAUCCAGGUAUGAUCCCGCGUCCCAAUCACUUCAACCCUCAGUAACGUCCUCAUUGACAGAUACUGCAGGACGUCAAGAGAUCAUUGAUUCAUACAUUCAUGAAUAUACCAAGGAAUUCCACUCACUCCCUGUUUCCAAUUUACAAGUCCCCGUUCUACCCUCUCCCGCGGGUCACUGUGUGCUAGUCACUGGUGCAACAGGAAGUCUCGGUUCCCAUGUCGUGGCCUAUCUCGCUAGACUUCCUAAUGUCCACAAGGUGGUCUGUCUCAAUCGAUGGAGUACUAUUCCAGCGACUGUACGUCAAGUUGAAUCUUUCAAGCUUCGGGGUAUCGCGCUCGAUGAAAAGUCUCGCUCCAAGCUUGAGAUUCUCGAAGUGGACACAUCAAAGCCAUCAUUUGGGUUAUCAGCGGAGACUUACCAGAAGCUUGUGAGCACGGCAACACAUAUUGUUCACAAUGCAUGGCCGAUGAGCCUUACAAGGUCUAUCCGAGGGUAUGAGAGCCAGUUCAGUGUCAUGCGGAACCUCAUCAACCUUGCACGAGAAGUAGUAUCAAGGCGACCUGCGCCAUUCAAAUUCAGCUUUCAGUUCAUCUCAUCAAUCGGAAUCGUGAGCUACCAUCCUAUUCGGUACGGAGUAAUCCGUGCACCGGAGGAGACAAUGAGCGCAGAUUCUGUUCUACCAGUCGGAUAUGCUGAAGCGAAGCUAGUGUGCGAACGCAUGCUGGACGAGACGCUGCAUCGCUAUCCAUCCCGAUUCCGACCGAUGGCAGUCAGAAUUGCCCAAAUCACUGGUUCUGAAAGCAACGGAUAUUGGAAUCCAGUCGAGCAUUUCGCCUUUGUGGUCAAGUCGUCCCAGUUCCUCAAAGCCUUUCCAGAUCUUGAUGGUACUCUCUCUUGGUGUCCUGUUGAUGAUGUUUCCGCGACACUGGGCGAAUUGUUGAUUUCCGAUACAAAGCCUUAUCCGAUCUAUCAUAUUGAGAAUCCGUCAAGACAGCGUUGGCAAGAUAUGGUAAAAGCUUUGACGGAGUUACUCGAUAUCCCACAAGAGGGUAUAAUUCCGUUCGACCAAUGGCUUGAACGAGUCCGAAAUUCAUCGGCUUCGAUCAACGAAAAUCCAGCCAAACAGUUGGUCGAUUUCUUCAGUCAGCAUUUUAUCCGAAUUUCAUGUGGAGGUUUGAUAUUGGACACUAGCAAAACAAAAAGGCACUCAGCAACUUUACGGGAAAGAGGACGUGUGGAGUUGAAUUCAAUUGUGAAAUACAUUUCUGCGUGGAAGACCAUUGGAUUUCUUGAAUGA